AUGAAAAGGAGAGAUUUACCUCAAGGAGGAGUUAACUCCGACAACAACUAUCUAUCUAUCUAUCUAUCUAUCUCUUUACCUGUCUGUCUGUCGAUCUAUCAACCUGACCUGCUGUCUCUCUGUAUAUAUUUUUUAUUAUUUCUAUCUAUCUAUCUAUCUAUCUAUCUAUCUAUCUAUCUUAUUAAAACUGAUAUCUAUCUCAGUGUCUAUCUUUAUCUGACGGAGCAAUCUAUCUAUCUAUCUAUCUAUCUAUCGCAGUCUUUUUAUCUAUCUAUCAAUCAAUAUAUCUAUUUGAGUCCUUUUAAUGUAUCUCUGCUUUUUCUAUAUCUAUCUAUAUAUCUAUCUAUCUAUCUAAGACUUUCUAUCUAUUAUCUAUCUAUCUAUCUAUCUAUAUAUCAGUCUGUCUUUCUAUCUAUCUAUCUAUCUAUCUAUCUAUCUAUCUAUAUCUAUCUGAUCCGUUUAAUAUAUCUAUCUAUCUAUCUAUCUAUCUAUCUAUCUAUCUAUCUAUCUUUUAUAUAUCUAGCCCUUUUUAUAUCAUCUUUUUAUAUAUCUGUCUAUCUAUAUAUCUAUCUAUCUAAUAUCUGUCUAUUUUAUCUAUCUAUCUAUCUAUCUAUCUAUAUAUAUCUAUCUAUCUAUCUCAGUCUUUUAAUAAUAUCUAUUUUUAUAUCAUCUUUUAAUAUCUAUCUAUCAGUCUAUUUUAAUAUCUAUUUUAAUAUCUAUCUAUCUAUUAUCUAUCUGUAUAUCUUUCUAUAUAUCUAUCUAUUAUCUAUUUAUUAUCUAUCUAUCUAUCUAUCUAUCUAUCUAUUAAUAUCUAUCUAUCUUUUUAUAUAUAUCUUUCUAUAUAUCUGA